GCAGCAUCGGUUUCGGGGGCCAGUCGCACAGCGCUAUGGCCGAGAGCAGCGGGGAAGUGGUAGUGGUGUCAACUUCUGGGGCCAGUAACGGCCUCAGCAAUGGGGCUGGCGGGACCUCGGCGCAGCCCAACCCACUGUCGCGCAAGCUGCAGAAGAUCCUAGAGACGCGGUUGGACAACGACAAGGAGAUGUUGGAAGCUCUCAAGGCACUUUCAUCCUUUUUCGUUGAAAAUAGUUUGAGAACUCGAAGAAAUUUACGUGGUGAUAUUGAACGCAGAAGUUUAGCCAUCAAUGAAGAAUUUGUAAGCAUUUUCAAGGAAGUGAAUCAGGAACUUGAAAACAUAAAUGAAGAUGUUCAAGCAAUGAGCAGCUGUUGUCAAGAUAUGACGAGUCGCCUACAGGCAGCAAAGGAGCAAACUCAGGAUUUAAUAGUAAAAACCACUAAACUUCAAGCCGAAAGUCAAAGAUUAGAAAUCAGAGCACAAGUUGCAGAUGCCUUCUUAUCUAAGUUCCAACUGACUUCUGAUGAAAUGAGUCUUCUCCGAGGUACAAGAGAAGGCCCUAUUACUGAGGAUUUUUUCAAGGCGCUGGGAAGAGUGAAACAGAUUCAUAAUGAUGUCAGAGUUCUGUUGCGUACAAACCAACAAACAGCGGGUUUGGAAAUUAUGGAACAGAUGGCCUUGCUUCAGGAAACGGCUUAUGAAAGACUUUACCGAUGGGCUCAAAGUGAAUGCAGAACAUUGACACAAGAGUCAUGUGAUGUGUCUCCAGUACUAACUCAGGCCAUGGAAGCCCUACAGGAUAGACCUGUUUUAUAUAAGUAUACUUUAGAUGAAUUUGGAACAGCCAGACGAAGUACUGUUGUUCGUGGAUUUAUUGAUGCUCUUACAAGAGGAGGCCCAGGAGGUACACCUAGACCCAUUGAAAUGCACUCCCAUGACCCUUUGAGGUAUGUGGGAGAUAUGUUGGCAUGGCUCCAUCAAGCUACUGCUUCUGAAAAGGAACACCUAGAGGCUCUCUUAAAGCAAGUCACUACACAAGGUGUUGAAGAAAUUAUUCAGGAAGUUGUUGGACAUAUCACUGAAGGUGUGUGCAGACCUUUAAAGGUUCGAAUUGAACAAGUAAUACUUGCUGAACCUGGGGCAGUUUUAUUAUAUAAAAUUUCUAAUCUCCUAAAAUUUUACCACCAUACAAUCAGUGGCAUCGUUGGAAAUAGUACAACUACUUUAUUGACUACCAUUGAAGAAAUGCAUCUGCUAAGCAAAAAAAUAUUCUUCAAUAGCUUGAGUCUUCAUGCAACUAAAUUAAUGGACAAGGUUGAACUCCCACCACCUGAUCUCGGACCAAGUUCUGCACUAAAUCAGACACUCAUGUUGCUGCGUGAAGUUCUGGCAUCUCAUGAUUCUUCAGUUGUACCGUUAGAUGCUCGUCAAGCUGACUUUGUGCAGGUUUUAUCAUGUGUCUUGGAUCCUCUCCUCCAGAUGUGUACAGUAUCAGCUAGCAAUUUAGGCACAGCUGACAUGGCCACAUUCAUGGUCAAUUCACUCUACAUGAUGAAGACAACAUUAGCGCUAUUUGAAUUCACUGACACACGUCUAGAAAUGCUACAAUUUCAGAUUGAAGCACACUUGGAUACACUUAUAAAUGAGCAAGCGUCUUAUGUUUUAACUAGAGUAGGCUUGAGUUAUAUCUACAACACUGUACAGCAACAUAAACCCGAACAGGGCUCUUUAGCUAAUCUGCCCAACCUAGAUUCUGUGGCACUGAAGGCUGCAAUGGUUCAAUUCGAUCGUUAUCUUUCAGCCCCAGAUAACCUGUUAAUGCCACAGCUGAACUUUCUCCUAAGUGCCACAGUAAAGGAGCAGAUUGUUAAACAGUCUACAGAGUUGGUCUGCAGAGCCUAUGGUGAAGUGUAUGCAGCUGUGAUGAACCCAGCCAACGAAUACAAAGAUCCAGAGACCAUUCUGCACAGGCCGCCCCAGCAAGUGCAGACGCUGCUCUCCUGAUGGUGUUAGCAAAAUACCACUUCCCUAAAACACUGAAAGUUGUUUGGAUUUUUAGUCUAUUAAUCUUUACUUUGAGAUUUGAGGUUACAGUUUUCUUUGUAUUACAAGAUUGUAGGUCUCAGUAAUUUUGUUCAUUCUCAAUGAUACAGAAAUAAGUCAUUGUUGACAUGAAUUAGUACUGUUCUAUAUCUGCUCUCUGGAUGGCAAUAUUCUCUUUGUUAGCCACCUGUCCAACUGCAAUUUUCCCGUUACUCUGGGACAUAGAUGUAUGGCAAAAAGUAGUAUGAAAGGCUUGAGGGACUUUUAUACAAGGCUAGUUAUAAAUUAACAUCAUAAAAUUUUGUCUAAACUGAAGAAUUAAUAAAUGUUUCUUUAGCUGAAGAUUCAUUUACUUUCUUAUGCAUUACAGUGCAAGAAGGCAUACUGAUUAGCUUGUUUUUCUCUUAACCUACUCUAUGUCUCUGUCCUCAGACUAACUGUCCUAAUAGGGUUGUUAGAAGAGAGAAAAGCAACUGGAUUGUGCUGCUGGUGUACAGAACAGUGAUCUCCUUUCUGUUGUAUGUUCACUUACAGUAUAUCAUUGGUUACUGGUUUUAAAUAUACAUUCAGCCAAAACAGGGAGAAAAAUAAUUUAAAUAGGGGGAUUCCACUCUAUGGAAGUCAAAGUGACUCAGUGAUUCAGUGAGUUUUAGGUGUUAAGACAACCUGAGGUAAGCAUACAAAGCCCAUGACUAAAGGCUAGUAUUCGUUGUGCAUCAUAAAUCCAAACAACUAUGAAGUUUCCCCAGUGUUGAAACUAACAUGAAUUCUUUUAGAGUAAAAGUGAUGUAUGUCAUCCGUUUUGGUGUAAAUCUGUAAUUUUAGUCUUUUCCCUUCAAUGAAUAUGUGUGAUAUAUAGCAAAAAUAAAGUAUAAUACAGGUAGGAGCUGAAAUUUUACAUAAUUUAUUUCUUCUAUGAGAAAAUAUUGAUAC